CAGAGUACAUGUUGGAAACAGGUUACUAAACGACGCGUUAUUUUUCGUGUCAUAAAAAUAAUUUCGCUUGUCGAUUGACUGAAGUGGCAAUAACUACACACUUUUGAACGUAUUUCAGAGCAUCACUUCGUUAUAAAGAGAUCAUUAUGUUUCAAAGUUUGAACAUAAUGGGAACUAGCGACGAGGGAGACAUCGGUUUAUGCGGAAAAAUUUUAACAGUUCUGUCCAUUGUAAUUGUUGCCUGUACAUUUCCAUUUUCGUUGUUUUUCUGUUUAAAGGUUGUAACGGAGUACGAAAGAGCUGUGGUCUUUCGUUUGGGAAGAACAACUCAAGGAGAAGGGCACGGUCCAGGCACUUUCUUUCUAUUACCAUGCAUUGAUGCGUAUUCCAAGAUUGAUCUGCGUACUGUUUCAUUUGAUGUUCCACCACAAGAAGUACUAACAAAGGACAGUGUGACAGUCACGGUAGAUGCUGUAGUAUACUUUCGAAUAUACAAUGCAACGAUGUCUGUGACAAACGUCAGUGAUGCGCAGGCUUCCACACGACUUUUGGCCCAGACAACAUUGCGAAACAUGAUAGGAAGUAAGACCCUAUCGGAGAUUUUUAGCGAUCGAGAAUCGAUAAGUAAUACAAUGCAGUUGAUUCUUGAUGAAGCAACAGAUCCCUGGGGUGUAAAAGUUGAACGUGUAGAAAUGAAAGAUAUUCGUCUUCCAAUUCAGCUCCAACGUGCCAUGGCAGCCGAAGCCGAGGCAACAAGAGAAGCGAGAGCCAAGAUCAUCGCAGCGAAUGGCGAACGAGAGGCAGCGUGUUCUUUAAAAGAAGCUUCUGAAGUAAUGGCUGAAUCGCCAUCAGCUUUGCAACUACGAUACCUUCAGACUCUGAACACAAUCUCUGCGGAAAAGAAUUCAACAAUUAUAUUUCCUGUGCCAGUCGAUACUCUACAACGUUUUAUGCCUUCGUGAACUACGAUGAAGAAUGAAUAAAUAAGUACAGAAUAAACGACUGACUUAUCUGUAAACAACCCUUUUCUCUCCUGAAUAUUCCUUUCUCCGCUUUUCUGAUGUCCUCAUUAUAUAAAAUGAAAUUUCAACGUCAAGACUUUGACGUUGCUUUUGCAAAAAAUAAUUGUACAGAUUUUCGCAACAGUUAGUUAAUGUAUUUGUGGUCCAUUAUUAUAGUAUUUAAUUUAGAAGUUAAACAAUUUUUUUUCGGUUAAGACGGUGGAUAUACUCAAUUCAGUACAACAAUUUUUUUGAUUCAAUUAACAACAUGAAAAAAUCUA